AUGCGGCAUAAGGUGGGAUCCGGUCCGAGGAAACCAUCUAGCGGACGGAGGGGGAAGCAAUCUUCGGGGGGGAAUAGGCCGAAGCGCGGCAAAGAAGGCCCUGGUGAAGCGGAUGUUGAGGACGAGGGGGAUGGGGAGGAGGAGGCCGAGGAGGAUGCGGAGGAGGAGGACGAGGAUGCAGGGGAGGGAGAAAAGGACGAGGAUGAGCAGGAGGGCGACGAUGAUGAGGAGGAGGAGGAGGAGGAGGAGGAUGAGGAUGAGGACGAUGAGGAGGACGAUGAGGGGGACGACGAGGAUGAGGAGCAGGAGGAGGAGGAGGAGGAUGAGGAGGAGGAGGAGGAGGAGGAGGAGGAGGAGCAGGAGGAGGAGGAGGAGGAGGAAGAGGAGGAGGAGGAUGAUGAGGAGGAGGAUGAGGAGGAGGAGGACGACGAGGAGGAAGAGGAGGUGGAGGAAGGGGCGGAUGAGGAGGAGGAGGAGGAGGAGCCGGCAGGGAAAAGACGGGGCGCGCGAGGCGGACGGGGGAGUGGCACAGGGAAGGUGGUGGGCCGGUCUGGACAAUCCCGGAAACGCGGGGCGGGUGACGCAAUGCGUGCCGGACCAGCGGGCAAAUCGAAGGCGCGUAAGGUGAAGGUUGAACUUGACCGGGGUGGAAGGAAGCAAGUGAGACAGGGAGCUAAAGGCGAUGGAGACGGAAAAAGACCGCGCGCGAAAGGGGUACCUGUGGGUUCGGCAAAGAAAGAACCUGCCCACCCUAACAACACCGUGUUCCACCCGUCUUUUCCCGCCGCAGGGAAGGAGAAGGUUGACGAAUCGGCUAACCCGGCCCGGGGCAGGGCGGUCUCCCCCCUCGCCGGUCCAUCGCGUGUGCAUCAACCAAGCACCUUUGCCAAUCCCUUCCCUGAGCUUCCCUUUUCCCGCCAGCGUGAUAGUGUGAGGGCACACGGUGCUGCUGCAGAAGACGUUGAUCCCCUUGGCCAGAGAGGGGUUUCUACACACCCUUUUCCGGAUGUCAUGGAUGCGCUGGCUGAAGGUGCAGAGCACGGGCAGUUUGUUACACGAGACGAGUUCCAGCAACUACGGUCUGAGAUGUACGCCAUGUUUGCUCAGCUCGGCCUGCGUCGGGGAGCAACUGCCAGCUAUGCCGGGGGGGCCGCAGUGGUGCCGAUGGGUGGUACCCCGCCGCCGAUGAGUGCCGUGGACAAGGCACAUGUGCUUGUGCUGCAGGAGACCAACCCAUUCCCGGUAUGUGGCGGGUUGGGGUUGACACGGCGGACGCAAGAGGGUGUGACGUGGCGGGAUGUGUGGCUUGGUGCUGACGUGGCACCUUGGAAGGGCACACGGGAGCGGCGCUCAACGAGGCGCCGCGUGUCAGGUGGGUGGGGUGUGACGUGGCAUGGGGUGGGCGGGUGUGACGUGGCACGUGGGGCUGGCUGCUACCUGACGUGGCGGAUGCAGGAGGGUGUGCCGUGGCGGGAUGUGUGGCUUGGUGCUAACGUGGCGGCUUGGAAGGGUACACGGGAGCGGCGCGUGACGAUGCUACACGUGUGCGGUGGGUGGCUUGGUGACGUGGCAUGGGGUGGGCGGGUAUGA